UGGAUAAAUGUCAAAGUAAUGAUGAUUGUAUUUCUGGUCAAGCAUGUGGUGCUGAUAAAUUGUGCCAUCUUAGUCAAGGAGCAACUUGCACCAUCAACUCUGACUUUUUUUGCGUAACUUCUAUUUGUCGUAUUGCUGGAAGUGAUACCUUCAAAUGCCAACUUACUGAUACUCGUCCUACUAGAGAUAUUUGCUUAGUGAAUGAUGCAUGCAAUA